AGACCCCUCUUUCACCAUGUAACUUUGACGCCUAGUCGGUCAUGACUCAUGAGUGUUGAGUCUCUUGACCUCAGAGCUCUGAAGCUCUCAACUGCAACUUUCACCGGUGGGAAACGGCAACCUCAGUCCCCAAAUAUCUCAAUUUGGUAGGAAUUUUAUCCAAAGCGUUCCAGAAGAUCUAAUGUUCGUUUCUUCAUGGUAUUCCACUUUGCUCCCUACCAGCUCAGAACUCUAGAAAAAGAUUAAGAAGAACAACAACAACAAAAAGAAGAGAUGAAUAGGUGGAGAAAGCCAAUGUCACAGGUCACUGCAGCUGAACAGGAUACUGAUAUCAUAGAAAAGAAAGCAAAUUAGUUGUCUGGCCAUGGCAACUGAGGAGCCCAAAGACUUACUAAAGGGUGUGGAUUGGAAAACUGUGGGUGGUGGUUCGGUUGAUGGAUCAAGUGGUGGACCCGUUGUGAAGAAACGACUCCCCAAAAAAAUAAGGCAAGUCCCAGACUACUAUUUCCUUCCCCGAAGAUCCUUACCCUCUGCCAUUGCCCUCUAUGGAGCAAUCUGUGUUGCUGGAGUUGGUGCCGGGAUGUUGGUGGAAAUGUGGAUAAACAAGAAAAUCAAAGAAGAUGGAGGGGUCAUUUGGGAGUUGGAUAAGUAAGGGUUUGGUGGCCCAGUGUUAUCGUGGGCUUUGGAGCUUUGCAGAUACACCGGCGGCAAGAUUGAUGUAGAAAUCAAGGAUCUUGCUCAAGGGGCCUCAAUGACAAUAUAGAAUAAGUACAAGGUGUUGCAAUUGGUGACUUGCUCUGCUAGCUUGGCGGCUCUUUUGCCAAAGACUGAUAGUGUGGUGUGGUCUUGGGGAUCUUUUAAAUUACUUUGGGACAACUUCUAUGUUAUGUAAUAACAUUAAACAGUUUGAUAUUAAGUGUUGUAGUGAGAACAUGGUGGUGUGGUUGGUUAGUUCUUA